GUCAUAUCGGAUGACCUUAUGACCUCAUGAACCUGUGUGUUGAUUAACAGAAUGCCAGAUCUACAAUAAUCAUCAGGAAACACUUGUGAUUAUAUAGAGGACAAUAUAUGCAAGUACUCUUCCAUGAAAAAAACACAAGAGUUAUUUCUGAGAUUUAUUUAUUUUUUCCUUACCGAUUGCUUUAUCUUAACCAGUUUUAUCUAGAAAUCAAUAUUUUCUGUUGAGAUAGAACAUCCCAAAACCAUCUGCUGACUUUACUUUUUGAGAGGCAAAAGCUUCAAUGUCCCAAAGGCCGAGGCAAUGAUUAGAAAGCAUGUGGAGUUUCGCAAGCAUAUGAAAGUAGACACAAUAAUUGAUGACUGGAGGCCGCCUGAGGUCAUUGAGCGCUAUGUGGCAGGUGGAAUGUGUGGCUAUGAUCGUGAAGGAAGUCCAAUCUGGUAUGAUAUCAUCGGCCCUCUUGAUCCGAAAGGCCUUUUACUGUCGGCUAGCAAACAAGACUGCCUUAGGACCAAAGUCAGAGACGCCGAGCUUCUACGACAAGAGUGUGAGAAGCAGUCUAAAAAGUUGUUUUGGGGUGAUUUUAUUCAUCAGCUUGGCAAACACAUUGAAUCAAUCACCAUCAUUUAUGACUGUGAAGGGCUUGGCAUGAAACAUCUCUGGAAGCCUGUUGUUGAGAUGUACGGUGAGAUUCUGACUAUGUAUGAAGAAAACUAUCCCGAGAGCCUAAAAAAGGUGCUUUUAAUCAAAGCCCCUAAACUCUUCCCUAUUGCAUACAACUUGGUCAAACACUUCUUGCGUGAGGAAACAAGGCAGAAGAUUGCUGUGCUGGGUUCCAACUGGAAAGAGGUGUUGAGGAACUAUGUGGAUGCAGAUCAGUUACCUGCGGUUUAUGGAGGCUCUAUGACUGAUCCAGAUGGAAACCCUCUCUGUAAGACCAUGUUACGUUAUGGUGGUGUAGUGCCAAAGUCCUACUACAUACGGGACUCUAUCAAAGUGCAGUAUGACCAGUGCGUCACAAUUAGCCGUGGCUCUUCGUACCAGCUAGAUUAUGAGGUGCUCUUUCCAAACUGCUUGCUACGAUGGCAGUUUGCAAGCGAAGGGUCUGAUAUCGGUUUUGGACUUUACCUGAAGACUAAAGGGAAUGAGACAAAGAAAGUGGAAGCCAUGCAGGAAAUACUGCCUACCGAACGUUACAAUUCCCAUCUAGUUCCAGAGGAUGGAUCCUACACCUGUGAAGAACCAGGCAUCUAUGUGGUCCGAUUUGACAACACUUACAGUGUGAUCCAUUCAAAGAAGGUCAGCUUCACCGUGGACGUGCUUCUACCUGAGGGACACACAUCAGGAAAACAGGCAUAAAGCCUGACUGGAAUCAGACUUUAAGUCAUAUAUCCAGCAUAUAUUCACAGUUUUUAGAUAAUUAUGCAAGAUAAUUAUUGUUAUAGAUAAUUAUGAAAAGCGAUUGUACGCAGACAGUUCCUAAAAGAUGUUGUAUGAAUAUGAAUAUGUAUUAUAAUUAUGGCCAAAUGAGAUUAUCUCUCAAUGAAUAUGUCACUGAAUGGAAUUGAAUCACAGCAAUUAUCAUAAAAUUGAAAUCAUGUUAACACAUUUAAUAUUUAAAUCCUACUAUUAUAGGAAGAUUAUAGUAAUCCUUGUAAAAUUUAGGUAUAGCAAUCGAGCAUAUUUUGAAUGUGUACAUAAUUAUGCACUAAUCUGAGAAUAAAACACAUGAUGUUGA